GUGUGUGUGUGUGUGUUCUCCUCACCGUCAGGAUGAAGGUGUGUGUCCUCCUGAUGUGUGUGUGUUGUCUCCUCUGGAGGACGGAGGCCGACUCCAGAUCGUAUCUGAUCACAGCUCCUCUCUCGCUGCGUCUGGACGCCGUGGAGACGGUGCUGCUGCAGCUGUUUGGUUUCACCGACGAUGUGACGGUCCACGUGUUCCUGAAGACCUCCAUGGCUCCAGAUCAUGUGGUUCUGGCUCAGGAGGUCGUGACCCUCAACGCCAAGAACAACCACCAGGCCGCUGGCAAAGUCAAGCUGCUCCCGAGUCAGCUGGACAAGAGCGUGAAUCACGUGGUCCUGCACGUCCAAUCAACGGAGAUCAACCACCACCUGUCCGUGUCCGUCAGCCGCGACAACGGCUUCCUGUUCAUCCAGACCGACAAACCGCUGUACACGCCCCAUCAGAGCGGUGAGGGUUAAAAACCACAGAUACGA